AUGUCUUCGGAAUCCCAUUCAACAUCAAAGGCUGUCCGAGCGGAGAGUAUAGCGGCGGCAGCUCAGGAUCGAGAAACUCUCCCAUCAUGGAAAUGGAAUGGCAGCCUCGCUGUCGUACUUCUGACGUGCUUGAUUCAUGGGUACGAUGUCAGCAAUGUUGCGAACAUACAGCCUCAUCUGUACGAGGCCUUUGGCGACAUCAAGCUUCUUCCAUGGAUAGCGCUCUCAUACACGCUCGCCGUCUUUGCGGUGCUUUCCCUGUCCCGAAAAAUCAUAUACUGUUUCAAUCUGCGUUGGAUCUACAUCGUUUGUAUUGGAAUCUUUCUGGCCGGCGCUGCUAUCGGGGGAUCUGCUCACAGCAUGUCAACCGUCAUUGUUGGGCGGAUCGUUAUGGGAAUUGGUGGAGCGAUGAUAUACCAAACCAACCUCACCUUCGUCUCCGUCUUUGCUACCCCGAGCAAAACCCAACUCUUGAUCGGCGGGCUCAGCGUAUCCUGGGCAGUUGGCCUCAUCGUCGGCGGCCCCAUCGGUGCCGCUCUGGCUGAGAAUCCAGAUACAACCUGGCGCUGGGCAUUCUACAUGAACCUUCCAUGGAUGGGACUUGCUCUUGUGGGUGCCAUCCUCUGCUUCCCGAGUAUAUAUCUCGGGCCGAAUGUUCCAUUGCAUCGCCGGAUACUUGAUAUGGAUCCCGUGGGUAUUGCUUUCAACAUGGCUUGCCCAGUUUUGUUUUCACUCGGUCUGGAAUUCUCAGGUCCCGUGUGGGCUUGGGGCAGUGGUCCCUCGAUUGCCGUCUGGGCGAUCUUCGGCGUCGUCCUCGCUGCAUGGAUGGCUCAACAAUACUUUUGCAUCUUCACCACCGCCGAGCAGCGCGCAAUCCCAGUCCACUUGAUGCCGCGUCUCGACCUGGUUUCUCUGUGGCUUGCAUCCGGCUGCGCAGGCGUGGCAUACGCCAUCACCCUCUACUACGUGCCUCUCUUCUUUGCCUUUGCGCGCGGCUACGACGCGCUCCAGCAAACCGUGCGUACCCUCCCGUUUAUCCUCGUCUUCAUCGGCACCGUGAUACUGAUCGCUGGCGUCCUCCCGAUCAUUGGCCGGUACGGCAUCGUCUACCAACUUGGCGGCAUGGCCAUGCUCGCUGGAGCCGGCGCUAUGGCAGCAAGUCUCAGUCCCACGACAUCUGAGUCCCAUGUGAUGGGCUUCGAGGCUCUUAUCGGCAUUGGGCUGGGGUUCACAUUCCAGCACGGUGUGGGCAUCUCCAACGUCAUCAAUAAGAGUGCGCGGGAUCGCGUCGACAGUGCGACGCUUUUGCUCAUGGCUCAGAUGGGCGCCAUUGCCAUCAGCCUGUCCAUCGCCGGCUCGAUAUUUCAGAAUGUCGGAGAAAGCCUGCUAGCUGAGGCGCUAGGUGACCGUGGGGUUUCUCAGGAGGACAUUCGGCAGGCGCUUGCUGGUGUUUCGUCGUCGGUGUGGGGCGCUCUUGAUUCUGAGGCGCUUGAGCGGGCCCUUGGCGCUGUUACACAUGUCCUUGCCCUCGAGUUCUAUCUUGUGGUGGCAGCCGGGGCGUUGUGCGUCGUUUGUGGAGGGAUGAUGGGUUGGAAGAAACUGGAUUAUCAGCGGGAGCGAAAAGAGUCUACCCUCGUCUGA